UUUAUGUCAAGUUAGAAAAGACAAACUAUUCCUUCUCUUCUGAUAUGAUUGCAUGUUUGUAAUUUUGUAGCAUGUGAUGUCACGAGGGUGUUGGCUUUUAGGAAUUUUGCAGUUGAGAAGGAAGCAGUGGCAGUUUGUAUGCAGUCAGAAUUUGAAGACCUUUCGAUAUGCAUUCGGUUUCUCUUCAGUUAGGUCCUGAACAAGUGUACAGAUGGACGUUUGUACUUAAUUCUUUAGUAAAGGCUUAGCAUAUGGAACAUGAAACCAAUUUAAGUGGAUACAAUAUAUGAAAGCAAUGUCAAGUCUGUUUGGUUUUUCAAACUCUGUUCCUCUGCCAGGAUAUCCAUUCUAUCAGGUAUCUUACAGUCAUAACCAGCAGACCACCACAUUUAGACAUCCUGUGACAGGGCAGAUUUCUCCAGAAAACAUUGAGUUCCUAUUACGAGAAGAGCAAAAUUCACACAUGUCCAAGCAACAAAUAAACCAAAGACCCUCAAGCAUGGUCAGCGAAACAUCCACUGCAGUAACUGCAUCCACUGUUGAUACAAAACCUGUUCCUAAGGUUGUAAAAUCUGGCAACAAAGUUCACAGUUUUGGAAAGAGGGACCAGUCUAUCCGGAGGAAUCCUAAUGUUCCAGUUGUAGUACGAGGCUGGCUACAUAAACAGGAUAGCUCUGGAAUGAGGUUAUGGAAAAGACGAUGGUUCGUACUUUCUGAUUAUUGUUUGUUUUACUACAAAGAUAGCAGAGAAGAAACUGUUUUGGGUAGCAUACCGUUGCCUAGUUAUGUCAUAUCUCCCGUUGGACCUGAAGAUCGUAUCCACCGCAAGUUUUCCUUUAAGGCUGUCCACACAGGGAUGAGGGCAUAUAUUUAUAAUAAGAGUUCUGUUAUUGGCUCCCAGGCAGAGCAUUCAGGGAUGCGCACAUAUUACUUCAGUGCAGACACCCAAGAGGAUAUGAAUGGCUGGAUUCGGGCCAUGAAUCAAGCUGCCCUGAUGCAAACCAGAUUUUCAUUAAAGAGAGAAACAGAAAAAAUGGAUCAGCAAGCUGGUCCUCAAACAAACCAUGUGGAUGCCUGUAAAGAGUAUGCAAAAGUGGAGACGUCUGAUAGGAAGGAGAGUUAUCAAAAAACAACUGACACCUUUGGAUAUGAUAAGCAUGAAGAUAUAAAAAAAGACAGGGAAGAUGAGGAAUAUUAUGUCUUUAGAAAGGAAACUUUGGAAGCCAAGAGGGGGAAAGCCAAGCACCCAGUAACAUCACCAGAAGUUGAUUCAGCAUUUUCAGAUUUUGCAAGCAUAGCUCGGCCUCAAGUAGCUCAGCCUCAGCCAGUUGAGAAGAAUGGGACACUUCCUAGUUCAUUAAGCACAAGUGCAGGCCCAGUGGAGCAGAAUGGUACCAGCUCAUAUAAAAGAGGGUUUGUUCCCAGAGCCAACCCAGAUAAACAGGCACAAAGGAAAAAUAACCUGGCUCAAGUAGAGCACUGGAUAAAAGUCCAGAAAGGAGACACAAAAAGUCAUGCUUCUGAUCAGACUCUUACUCGUCAAGGUCCCAGUCAAUCUGUGUCCUUUCCUGAAAAUUAUCAUACCUUGCCAAAGAAUACCAGGCAGCCUUCAGGGAGCUCUCCUCCACCAAAUCGUGAUUUGCCAAGUGACUACAAAUAUGCCCAGGACCGGGUUAGCCACUUGAAGAUGUCCCAGGAGGAGAGGAAAGCUAACAAGGAUGGUACUGUAUGGCAGCUAUAUGAGUGGCAACAGAGACAGCAGUUUAAACAUGGCAGUCCUACUGCCCCAAUUUAUGGAGGUUCUUCAGACUUUGCUGACCGCAGUAAAUCAAAAAGUUCCCUAGAUGUUCCACGAUCAAUUUCUGUCCCUCCAUCUCCAUCAGAUAUUCCUCCACCAGGACCACCAAAAAAUUUUCCACUAAGGAGACCACAUACUCCUGCAGAAAGGGUUACAGUUAAACCGUCUGAUGAGAGACAGACUGUAGACAUUCCUUUUCCCGGCUCACCAAGGAAGAUCCAUAAUCAUGCUGUGAAGAGUUCUGCACAUAUUGAUAGACGAUCCAUGCCUGCUAUGGGCUAUAUGACCCACACUGUAAGUGCUCCCAGUUUACACGGCAAGUCGCCUGAAGAGCUAACAUUGCUUCUCAUUCGAUUAAGGAGACAUCAGGCUAAGUUGGCUAGUAUACGAAAUUACACAGUCGCCCAAUUACUGCAGCACUUGCCAACUAAUUCCACCUAUCAGGCUGAUGAUACCUACCUCCAGCUGAAGAAAGAUUUGGAAUAUCUGGAUCUAAAGGUGACGGGGUAUGAUACACUAAAAAAACGAAGUACAAAACCUGUCAAGAUUGCAGAAAGUGAUAUUGAUGUCAAGCUAAGCGUUUUCUGUGAACAGGACAGAAUUUUACAGGACUUGGAAGACAAAAUAAGAACUCUUAAGGAAAAUAAAGACCAGUUGGAAUCUGUAUUAGAGGUCUUACAUAGACAGGUGGAGCAGUAUAAAGACCAGCCACAACACACAGAAAAAAUUUCUUACCAGCAGAGACUUUUACAAGAGGAUCUCAUUCAUAUUCGGGCUGAAAUAUCUAAAGUAUCAACCGAAAUGGAAAAUGCCUGGAAUGAAUAUCUGAAAUUGGAAAAGGAUGUGAACCAAUUGAAGCAAGCCUUACAGGAACAGAUGAACAGAUCAUUUUUUACUCAGGAGAAAUCACAAAUGCAAAAAGAUUUAUGGAGAAUUGAAGAUGUUACAGCUGGCCUAAGUGCAAAUAAAACAAACUACAAAAUCAUAGUAGAAUCUAUCAAGAACCCAGAAAGAAAAACAGUGCCUUCAUUUUCUCAGCCUGUAGUGCCUUCGUUACCAACUUCACUCACAACUAUGGAGAACAAAUUCUCUACUCAGCAGAGUCCUCCAUCUAGUCCCAUUAAGUCAUCUCUGGAGGUUAGGCUGUUUCCACAGCCUUAUAUUCAGCCUAGAACACAGUCUCAUCCACAGAAUCUGAAGAAACUUGAACCUCCUCUUCAGUCACCAGUUAAGCUAAAACCAAAGGAAGAUGAAGCACCACCCAGACCUCCUCUCCCUCAGCUGUACAGCCCUGAUGAUCACCCACCAGCUAUUCCACCUCUUCCAAGGGAAGCCUCUGUUAUCAGACACACAUCUGUACGGGGCCUGAAACGUCAGUCAGAUGAAAGAAAGAGAGAUCGAGAACUAGGACAGUGUAUGAAUGGAGAUUAUAGGGUAGAACUUCGUUCGUAUAUGAGUGAACCUGAAUUGGCAACAAUUAGUGGUGAUCUCAGCCAAUCUGCAGUUGGUUUCAUAGGUUCUGACAGUGGAUACCAGACAUUGCCUACCAGAGGAUUAUCUGGAUCAACUUCCAGACUGCACCAGUCAUCCACUGUAUCAUCUUAUGCAACACUUCGAAGAGAUAGCUCCAAGGAAAGACCAAAGAGUGCCUUGGAACGCUUAUACUCUGGAGACCACCAAAGAGGCAAGAUGAGUGCUGAGGAACAACUAGAAAGAAUGAAACGACAUCAAAAGGCAUUAGUUCGUGAACGCAAGAGAACUCUUAGCCAAGGAGAAAGACAGUCUGUUUCAUCUCGGUCUUUCAUCCGACCCAUUUCUGCAGACAUAGGCUCAUGGAAACGAGAGCAAGAAUUUGAUUUGCAGUUACUUGAGAGGACAGUACGUGGAGAAGAAAAGGAUGAAAAUGACUGGCUAAAAAUCCAUCCCACACCAGUCACAGAGACGGACCUGGAGCCUCAGGAUUAUGAUUUAGAUAUCAGCAGAGAGUUGUCAAAACCAGAAAAGGUUCUGAUUCCUGAGCGCUAUGUUGACCUGGAACCUGAAGAACCACUCACUACAGAAGAACGAGCUGCAAGACAUCGCAAAGCAGAAAAGAUAAAAAAUAUUCUUACCAAAUCCAGCAUGCACAAUCUACAGCCUACUGUUGUCCAGGACAAACACAACUCAGUUGAUUUAGAUUCACAGCUGCAGGAGCAGGAACGCAUCAUUACCAUAUCAUACGCUUUAGCUUCUGAAGCCUCUCAGCGGAGCAAGGAGGUAGCAGCUCAGCAGUUGACCUACCCAUCUAAAGCACUCUCACCUUCUGUACCACAACCACCUCACUCCCCCUUAAGCAAUGGAUUUCACUACACAUUUGUCUAAACACCUUGAAACCAAAGCAGUAACUGAACAGUGACAUCAGAUACACAACAACAACCAUUUGAUGACGCAGCAUGAAAGAAGAGACUUCACUAUACCAGCCGCUCUCUGAAGACGUUCAUCAGCUGAUCAUGUUUUUUCAGAAAUGAAUUCAGAGAAUAAUAGUGGGAUUUUCUAUGAAAAAUGAGUGAAUUGCAAAACAUUUUAGUUUGACAUUGCUUUAGUUCAGAGGUUUUUUAUGAAUACAUGGCACUUUUAAUAUACUCUGUAAAAUACUGACGUAUUUUUAGAACAGAAUAUAUUUUAGAUUUUUUUAAUCGAGGGCUGAGUUCAUUUAUAUAUAUACAUACACACACAUAUAUAAAAAGACCUUGUUCUAUAUUCAUUACAAACUAUUAUUUUACCUUAGAGUUUGGGUGCAUGUUGUAAAGCUCCUUGAUAAAAUAUAAUACUCUUGAAGCACAUAAUGACAUUUUAGUAAAGCUAAUUCAAAUGAGAAAUUAACUGAGUAUUCUCUUUUUGGUAGAAUUGGUCACUGUUUUACUCAUAAAAUAGCAAAGGACUCUUAGCUUGAAUUUCUAAAUAUUAGUACCAUCAAGUUGUUGGAAUCCUACCGUAAAGAACAAUAUUAUGGUAUUCAAUUGCUAAAGCCAGUUCACUUCUCAUUUCCUUGUAAUUACCUCACAAAUAACAUUACAUAGUGUGUUAUGUUACCACUGAUGGUAGUGCUAUCCUCCUCAGUAACAAGCAGCUAAUAAAAUAUAUUUUUUUCUUAAUGUAAGAGAAUGAGGAGGAAAAAUAAACUUUUAAUUAAAGUGUAUGAAGUGAGCAAUAAAGUGCUAAUAGAACGUGUUAUUUUACUAGUAAAUAUAUAUAUUUUCUCUCUAGUUGUUUUUCAUUGCAAAGUAAAAUGUGAUGUAUUGACAAGUACUUACCUAGAAGCAGCAAAAAUAAUGUAUAGUGGCACCUGCUUAUUUUGUAUAUAAAUUCAACAGGUGCUUUACUUUGCCAAAACUUUCAAGUACAUUGUUUUACUUGGGUACAAGGCAAGGAGUCAGCCAGUCACCUAGCAAGAAAAUCAGUUUGAAUAAACUUCUGUUGCUUCUGGAAAAAGUGUGUAGACACUUUCAAUGUGAGGCAUGAAUAAUCCUACAGUAUUGUGUAAUCUUUUAAGUAAGGGUCUGGGCCUAAAAAAGAAGUGAUUAAAAAUACUUUGCAGUGUUCUUUGAGACUUUUAAGUUGUGUGUUUUUGCUGCAUUGAAGUAAUGGUUUUAAAAAGACAAACUAGCCUGAGCUUGAAGUUUGUUUAAAUUCAUAAAAUAAUAAAAAUCAUACUGUAUUUUCACUAUGCUAAGAAUUAGUCUUUAUAAAUAUAUUUAGGAAAUGCAGUCUAUUUUAACUCAAUACUGCCAAUGUCAACUUCAUAACAUUUUGCCAAAAUAAAAUGAUUUUAUUUUUGCCUUUAUAAAAAUCUGAAGAGAAAUUAAGUGAAUAUUUUUCAAGAAAACAUUAAUUUAAAGUAAAAUGUAACAGUUUGGAAAAAAUGGUAUAUGUACAGAUUAAAAUAUUAACAAAAAAGCC